CAGCUACACCCCAUCCUACAUCAGCUCCACAACGAGACAAGGCCUCUGGCAACCAUUACUGGCACCUGGGCCACAUCCAGAUGCACCUCUCCUGGCUCAAUGCUCUCUUCCUAGCGCUCCUAGCAAACCCUUCAGCCCUCAUCGCAGCACAAGGCGAUGAACCUGUGCAGGCGACACUCGACAAGGCAGAUAGUCUCCUUGCACGCGGCAAAACCGCAGAUGCCCUCACCGUCUAUACCGCAGCCAUUGAUAAGGACCCACAAAACUACCUGACGUAUUUCAAACGCGCAACCGCAUACCUUGCUCUCAACAGGCAUUCUGCUGCGCUGGGCGAUUUCGCAAAAGUCCUACAAGUGAAGCCAGGUUUCAAGUCUGCCUUGACGCAAGUUGCAAAAGUCAAGGCAUCCUUGGGACAAUGGGAUGCAGCGGCAGAUGCAUUUGCGAAAGUAGAAGGGGAUGUAGCCAAGACGAUGCUCGCAUCGUUGAAGGACGCAAAGCGCGCCGCAGAGGAAGCGGAGGUGCUGCGAAAGAAGGGCGAUGCAGCAGGGUGUUUGGUGGCUGUUGAAAAGGCGAUUGACGUGGCGUCUGCUUCGUCGCAGUUGCGCUACCUCAAAGCGCAGUGCAGUGUGAUGGCUGGACACUUGGAGGAAGCUAUUGCUGAUCUUGUCUUUGCAGGCAAGGUCAAUCCAAGUGACGCGCAGGUACAGCUCCUCUCAUCGGCAUUGUUCAUGUUUGCAUUGAACGAUCCUGGUCGUGCCAUUCAGCAACUCAAGGCAUGUCUCCACUACGACCCAGAUGCCAAGGCGUGCAAAAAGUCAUUCAGACAAUUCAAGGCAUUGCAGAAGCAAGUGGAUGCACUCGACAAGGCUAUUGCGGCAGGUAGUUGGAUUACGGCAAAGAAGCUCAUCAAGGGUACCGCGGAAAAACAAGGUGUGCUGGCUGCAACUGACGAGCAAGUUGCGCAACUCACGACGGAGGGGUUGUUGAGUGCUGCUCUCAAGAUGGAUCUACCCCUUGCCAUCAAGGAAAGGGCGUGUGAGGCCUUUACAGAGACCAAAGAAGCGACGGCCAUGGAACACUGUGAUGCAGUGCUCGCCCAGCAUGAUACAUCCCUCACGGCGCUGCGCUGCAAGGCCGAACUUUUGCUGCGUGCUGAGAACUAUGACGGGGCCAUUGACUUGUUGAACAAGGCAAACGAGCAUGGUGGACGGGAAGACGACAAGGUUCAGCAGGCGAUGCAAAAAGCGCAAAAGCUGCUGAGACAGAGCAAACAAAAGGAUUACUACAAAGUCUUGGAAGUUCCCCGUGAUGCUACCAAGAAGGAGAUCAAAAAGGCGUAUCGCCGGCUGUCCAAGAUCUGGCACCCUGACAAGUACCAUGGUGAUUUGAGCAAAGCUGAGCAAACUAAAAAGAUUGAAGCCAUCAAUGAGGCGUAUGAGGUGUUAACGGAUGAUGGCUUGAGGCAGCGCUUCGAUAAUGGCGAUGAUCCUAAUGCACCACCUGACCAGGGACACAACCCAUUCGCUCAUCAUGGCGGUGGUAGUCCAUUUGGACAGCCCUUCUUCUUCCAGCAGGGCGGCGGUGGUGGUGGCAAUCCAUUUGGUGGCCAGCACUUUUCCUUCCAGUUUUGAGGCGACACUCAUGUUCGCUCUCAGUCAUGCCCGCAGUAGCCUUUUCAAUUUUGAUGAGCCCGUUUAGACAAUUAGACUUAUGAAACCACAAAGCUCUCAUUGUGCCUGGUCCUGGUUGCUGCUACGUCACUAGCGACAAGAGUUGGAAAAACAUGAAAACAGACACCAGGGAUCCCCCUCCUCCACAUCUAUCCACGGCCAAGCAAGAUGGCCCCCUCAAAGACAGCCAAACAGGCAGAAUCGAAAUUGCUCGACUAUGUCAACGACACGAAACACUUCUCC